AUGGCUGCUUAUGCUGCUGUAACUUCUCUGAUGGGAACAAUACACCUGAUUUCCCAAUCCGACUUAUUACACCUUGAAGAGGACCACAAAGAACAUUUGGAAUCACUCUACGAGAAGGUCAGCUCUGUGCUAGAGUUUCUUGACAAUUCUGAUGAUGAACCAAUGAAGGUUUUGCAAGAAAAGGUAGAAGAUUUAGCAAAUGAAGUGGAACACGAAGUCGAAUCUCAAAUAUUACUGGUUAUGGAGAAGGAUGAACAGGUUCGAACAGAGGCAAAUGAGAGGCUUCUUAAGAUCUUGCGACAGGCUAUACAAGACAUGGAUUCUGUGAAGAAAGAGUUCAUCAAUCUGCAGAGGAGGAAUAACAAUUUGCUAGCUGGAAAUCGUUCGCUUUCUCCACGAUUGCAUGUUUCAACCCUUGAGAAGGACAUGGUGGGGCACAGCAAUGAACGAAAGCGCAUGCUAGAUCUACUUAUCGGACGCUCAUCUCAACUGCAAGUCAUCUCUAUUGUUGGAAUGGGCGGCAUAGGUAAGUCAACUUUUGCCAAAAAGAUGUUUUCUGAUCCCUCAAUUGUGAGCUUCUUUGACUUUCUUGGAUGGAUUACUGUGUCCGAGGACUAUAGUAUAAGAAAGAUGCUUCUAUCCCUCCUUCAAGAGGCUAUUAGCGUGAAUGAAGAGCUUGAUAAGAAACACGAUGCAGAACUAGCUGAUUGCUUGCAGAAAAGUUUAAAGAGAAGAAGGUAUUUGAUUGUUGUAGAUGACAUAUGGAGCAGCGAUGCCUGGGAUAAUAUUAGACUAUGGUUUCCAGAAAACAGUAAUAGAAGUCGAAUAUUGUUGACUACUCGGGACAUUAACGUUGCUCAAUAUGCUAGCUCUCACGAGGGACUUUUUCCAAUGCGUUUCCUAGAGCCAAAGGAAAGUUGGAAUUUGUUUUGCCAAAAGGCGUUUGGCAAAAAAGAUUGUCCAGCUGAAUUUGAGAGUGUCGGAAAGGUGGUUGUAGAAAAUUGCAAAGGAUUACCACUGAUGAUUUCGGUGGUUGCGGGGUCUCUUUCUAGGAAGAGGACGCUGCACGAGUGGUAUGAAGUAGCUCAAAGUGUAAGCUCAUUAGUAGACGUUGAUGAUUAUCAACGUUGCUCAGGAGUGCUCGCUUUGAGCUACAAGCAUCUUCCUUCACACUUGAAAGCUUGCUUUCUGUAUUUUGGAGUUUUCAAAAAAGCUAGUGAAAUUUCUGUGGAAAAGUUGAUUCAAUUGUGGAUGGCAGAAGGACUCUUCGAGCCGAGGGGGCUUGGGGAGUGGGAAAAAGUGGCUGCUAAUCUCCUACUUGAUCUUAUUGAUAAAAGUCUAAUCGCUGUUAGCAAGCAUAGUUUGGAUGGAAAUAUCAAGACAUGUAGGAUUCAUGAUCUUCUCCAUGAUUUAUGCUUGAGAGAAGCUGAAAGCGAGAAUCUUUUGUUCGUUCCAAAUCCCUCAAUUUCUGAACCCAAAAGUAUUAUUCAAGAUCGUCGGUGGGUUUCAUAUUAUUUAGAGGAAGAGUAUUGGACUUGGAGCGAUUGUGCUUGA